AUAUCGAGUUUUCAAAUGUUUACUUUCUAGGGUCAUGGUAUGUACCCGAUCUUCAUCUACAAAAAGUGACGAGGCUGGAGCAGCUGAUGUUAUACCUCCUGUUCAAACAAGGGGAAGAGCAUCAACAGCGAGAAGGCCUGCAGCAACUACAAGGCGAACGCGGCGGGCGUCUGCUACGGACGUGAAGACUAGUGAUAGCCAAGAGCUGGAGUCGUCUGCAUUAGGUUCACGAGCAAGUUCUGAACCAGAUCCACAUGGAUCAGUAGCCUCACCUCAGCCAAUUCCGUCCACUCCAAGUAGGAGAGGACGAAAAAAGCAAGCGUCGGAUACCGAGAGUUGUGCUAGUUUAUCUGACAGCGUCUUCCAAGAUACCAAUGCUUCUCAGGAAAACUUGAUAGCUGAUGCUACGAAAGCGGGAUCCAUUUCCAGCAAUAGCGCUGUGAAUUCCCAGGCACCCGUAGGCGUGUUAGCCACCCCAAGCAGAAGGCGACGGGCAUCGUCAUCAUCUAGUGAGACGCCUCAACCGUCAUCACCGGCUAGAAUAACUAGAGCUAUGAGAAAAGCUGGAAUAAGCACUCCGAAGGAUGUCAUAGAACUCGAGAUUGUCCCUGAGGAACAAAUAAAUGUUGGCGAUGAAGCGGCAACAUUUGAAGACAAAGAAAAACGUGAGGAAGCGCCGAAUACGCUCAAGGAAGCAUCAAACAAAGAUUCGGGCUCCAAAGAUGACUCAGGGCUUGCUUCACCUGAAGGGGAAGUGAAGAAGUCGCUAACCACCGUCAUUGCUGCACUAGAAGCUGCUCCUUUGCAAGAAGAGAGCGUUGAAAAAACUGCUAAGCAAAGUAGUCCUGACAUCACAGUCCUCGGAGACGAUAUAAUCGAAUCUCCUCCGAAGAUCACCCCUACCGGGAAAGCUGUCAAAGAGAGCAGUCCCGACAUCACUGUCCAUGGAGAUGACUUCAUUGAAAUUCCACCCAAGAAUGCUUCUGAAGAUUUGGUGACAUCCGCACCUGCCAUGAGCUCCAAUUCGGAACAAGCGGACGCGGGAUCUAGCAAUAUGUCCCCUAAGAAAUCACCCAGACUUGCAAGCCUUUCGAAAACAAGUGAUACUGAAGUUUCGCUCAUCCAGGAAGGAUCCGAAACAACUGCGAAGGAGGUCGCGAAAGGAACAAAGUCUCCCAUAACAACCCUGACAUCAGAAGAAUCCAAACGCGGAGCGAAGGCAUCUCUUGUUUCCGAAAACCCUCUAAGAAGUCCAACUUUGAGGCGAAUCUCAUUUGCCGAAUCGAUACCUUCACCAGUGAGGGAUACUGUCACGAGGGUCGUAGAUUCGGAAAGGCAUUGCCAAAAGAUGUUCAGUCUUCCACGAAAGAGCCCGCCAAAUCACCAUUGGCAUCGCCAGAAAGAAAAAGUCGAAAACUUAUUGCCGAGCCGGAAGUUAUUGUCACAAGUGCGAACGAUGUCGCCCGAAUUGUCUACAGUGCAACAAGUUGGAGACUCUCCGAAAAAAUCGCCUAAGAGAGCUCCUUUGUCUAACAAGCUGGAGUUGCUUGAGGUGCAACAAGUUGCAAUAUCUCCAAAGAGAUCAGCCGCAUCGUCCGAGGCUGCUCCACCCGGUGGAGUUCAGGACGCUCAAACCGACGAAUUACGCAAGAAAGCUGAUGAACAACCCAUGGAUGUAGCUGCAUUCUCUCCCAUCGUCGAACAUGCCCCUGAAUCUGCCACAGUGACGCAAAAUAAAGAACCUGCAGAUGCCAGCGAAGUUUCGACAGAGAAGCGUAAGAAAAAGAGCAAGAAAGCUUCCAAAAAAGCUUUGCCCGCUUCCGGCUCCAUUGUCGAAGGUGCAUCGGAAACCGCCAUCGUGGCACAAGACAGAGGCCUAGAAUCAUAUCCUGACGGAGCUACUGAAAAACGCAAGAGAAGGACCAAGAAAAUUUCUAAAAAGCAGUUGCUAACAGAAGCUGACGAAGACGAGGAAGAGCCUGCUACCCGCCAAGAUGUUGACAAAUAUGUUGACCUCAAAUCGUUCAAGCAGUGCUUCAAAAGGCCGAAGUUUUAUACCAAAGCUUUUCGAAAAGCUAUUCCGGUUCUUUUCGAGUAUGCGAGCUCGAUAGAGACGCGAAAUAAUGACUUACCUCCCGAACUCAUGAAAAACUGUGACCAGGAGACGAUGUGGCAGUUCAUCUCAUACCGUUGCAAGCAGAUAAGCAAGGAGUUCAGAAAAAGAUCUGCACUACUGGAGCUUGGCUUGGAGCUGAAUAAAGAGCAGUUAACUUCUGAGGAUGAUCUGGAUGAUGAGGAAGAAAAUUUGGAGGACGAACAUGAAGAAGACGAAGAGGAGGACGUUGAUCUGUUGAACUUGAAAGAUGAAGAUUUGAAAGAUCUGGAACGUGAACUAGCCGAAAUGCGUGAUGACGAAAAUCAAGAUGAGAACUCGAAAGAGCCUGCCGAUACUCGGAAAAAGUACCCGCAUUCGGUAGUUGACGACAAAUUUUUCAGCCUUGCCGAAAUGAAUGCUUUUCUCGAUGAACAGGAUCGCGCUGAGGGACAAGCAUCCAACAUUUUAGAUAGUGUUGAUGACUCGUCCACAGUUGCAGCGGAUUAUCAUUAUGAGGAGUUCUUUGGUAAAGCCGAUGGUGUGGGAGAAACUGCUAAGUCGGAGAAAAAGAAGGGAAAGAAACGCGUUCGAUCGAAAGAAUUGGAUAAAAAAGAGAAGAAGAAAUCUGUCCGAUUCGCUAUGGAGGAAGGGCAGGAACCUAAGGAGGAAGAAGAAAAUAAUGCUGAAAAGGAAAAUGAACACAUUGAUAAUACGAAAGUAUUGUUGGGAGAUACUGAAGAACCAAAACAGGAGACAUCUAAUCUUAAGAAGAGUCUGAAACGUCUGAAGGAAACGAUCAAAAAAUUGGAAGAAGAGAAUCUGGCACCGAAAUCAUGGGAGAUGAGUGGCGAAGUGACAGCGCAGCAGAGAGAAGAGAACGAGCUGCUUGAAACGCAUCUUGAAUUCGAUCUUGGAAUGAAAAAGGCUCCCGAAAUUACGGAAGUUUUCACGGAGAAGCUGGAGGAAUUGAUCAAACAACGAAUAAAAGACAAGGCCUUUGACGAUGUUGUGCGCAAAAAGCGCAUUGAGGAACGCACUGAAUCGUAUCGAAACCAGGCCAUAGAAGAAAGAGAAAUGGUGAAGACUUCCUUGGCGGAGGUGUACGAAAAGGAGUACCAAAAAGUUGCUGGGGAACAUGCUGAUAGCAAUGGAGUGAAUGAAGAGCAUGCAGCUAUCGAAAAGCGUAUGCGUGAACUAUUCCGACUAAUAGAUGCACUUUCUAAUUUCGACUACACUCCGCCUGAGGUUCGUCCAGAAGUUCGUGUGGUUUCUAACAUGCCUGCAUUACAAGUGGAAGAAGUUGGCAUGAAUGCAUCAACAGAUGCGCAGCUGCUGGCACCUGAAGAAGUGAAAAAGCACCAGAAAGGUGCCAUCAAAGCUGACGAAGAACGAGAUCGGACUGAUAAGCUCCGACAACGACGAAAGAAAAAGAAUAGGCAGAGGGCUAUGGUGGAAUUGUUCGGUGAGGAAAAGGCCAUGGAAGGUUUGAAGAGGAAGAAGAAGAGAAAGGAUGCGGAUUCUACGGAAACGCAAUCAGGAGAAAAAUUGAAGAGUACCACUUUCUUCACUAAACUCCAAGAAACUGUGAGAGAUGAAAUCAAAGAAAAGACCACGAAGAAGAAAAAGAUGAAAAAAAUCAAUUUUUGGAGUGGCGCGACUUAUUCAUCUAUUCAAAUACGGCAGCCAUCCGGUGCCAUGCCACCAAUGCAGGCGCAACAGCAAAUGAUGCAGCAACAGCGCAUGGUGAUGGGUCAGCCUGGACAAGCAGCUCCUGGAAUGCGUCAGAUGUAUCCACCUCCCCCAGGAAUGAUGAAUUCUCAAGUUCCUGGACAACCCAUGUAUAGUCAUCCGUCGCAAAUGCAGCAGGCUCAUAUAGUGCAACAACAGCAAUUUCAGUAUUAUAUGUCUCGCUUUCCUCAUCAGUGGCAGCAGGAAAUUCAUAUGGAACAGAGUCAAGAACGAAAGAAGCAUAUUUUUGGCCAGUAUGUGCGAAAGUUCAACAAUAUGCAACAACAACAAAAAAUGGUCUCAAAUGGGCAGGGUGGUAUGAUGCAUCAGCCAAUUAUGGGACAAGGUGCCGUUAUGGUUGGUCCGGGCAAUCAGAGGCCGGGAGUCUCUGGCAUGUAUACGCAACCACAGGCUGGAACUGUGAUGUCAAGUACUGCUGGUCCGAUACCUGGUGUCUCUAGUGUACCUGCUGGAACUGCAUCUGUUCCUAUGCCUCAGCAACAAAUGAGGAUGCAAAAUCAUAUGGCUGGUGGUCCUACCUCGGUACCGCCGCAAAUGAUGGGUGGAGCUGGAAUGGGCCCACAAACGUCAGCGGCUUCUGGCAGUCCUCAAGUGCAUUCGAAUUUCGCAAGCCAUCAAAUGGCUGUCGGAUCACCUCAUAUGGCAGGCAUUGGCUCUGCGCCCGCUGGCAUGGUAAAUUCUCCAGCGAAUUGUAUCCAGCCAUCUACACCUCAAAAUCCCUCCUCAGUACAACCUGGCAGUGUUGGACCCGGAAGUCAACAGCCUUCAUCUGUUCCAAGUCAGGAAGAGAACACCAAAGAAUAUAAUGAUCUGGUUGCGAGUUUGAAAGAGCAAUAUUAUGAAAAGUUGAAGCGUAUAGGAGAUCGCUGUGACUUAGACAAUAGCCCUAAACCUACUGGAUUCGAUCGGCUAAUGGAAAUUUUAGAUGGAAAACGGAGAGUAUCUCAGUCGUUGUUGGAGAAAAUUGUUGGAAACGUCCGCACGAUAGUUGAGCGCUCGAGUCUAACGUACCCGGUGAUUGAGACCAUGCAUCAGAUCGAAGCCGAUGGACAAUCUUCGAUUUUUGUAAAUACUGAUGAUUUCCGUCCUGGACCACAACAGCCCCCACAAGCAGCUCUAGAUCCAUGGCGAUCUGUUCGCCAUAUGAUGAUCAAAGUUCCUGAACAUUUGGCGAACUUGGGCAACUCCGAUGAUGAAUCCGAGGGUACCGGUGCAGUGAAAUCGUCCACGAUAUCAAAUCCAUUGAAACGUGCGGCACCAUCGGAUUUCAACGACUCUGGAAUCGAAGCGAAAGUGGAGAAACUUGAUAAUUCCAAUGCCUCUGAUCAAGGAGUCGAUUCUUCCGAGGAUGAGAAUAUGCGAAUACAGAUCGAAUGUCUCUUCGAUACACGUCAACCCUGGCGAAUGUCGGUUGCUGCUUCCAAAGAACUGAAUGGAUUGCCGUGGCGUGUUGACACAGACUGUCUACCGGCAUCUAGCAACAGCCCUGAUGCUGUUAUAUGCUUUGAUUCAGAUCUGUUACUGUGCCCUCCGCUGCGUGUGUUGGUCCCUGCUUCAUAUCCGUUAGAUCCCGCUGUCAUACAAUUCGAUCGUUCAUUUCCACGUGGAGUUCAGAUCUCGUCGCAAUUGUCAACGAUGUUGGAGCGAAGCCUCUCAGUCGCUCCGUCACGUUCGCUUACCCACAUUCACAGCGCGUUUCGCUCUGCAUGUCAGGAGCUGAUGCGUCUGAAAGCUAGUCGCCUGAUUCAUGCUCUCGGUGAUGUGAUCGUUGCUCUCAGCAUUAAUGAGAACAUUUUUUGUGGCAUCCCAUACUCAGAUAAGUCCAUUAUCAGUUAUGUCGAGUACGAACUGUUAUGCAACUUUUUACCUGUGAUCUGCAAUUCAUGCAAGAAUUUUCGACUGCAAAUGGUAUGUGAAUAUCAUCAUCACUCCCAUACCUUAACCCAAAAAUACCGGUUACUUCUCAUAUGUUCACUCAAGUGUUGCCAAAAAAUUGCUUUGAGGAUUCCCUGCUUUCGACUGUCAUGA